GUGGGUGAGGGGGGGGUGGCGUUAGGAAGGGAAGGAGGAGGAGGACGGCGCGUAGAUGCUCUGCCCUUGUUUGCGGAGGAAGGAUCUGACUUAAAUUGAAUAAAAAUGGCCACAUUUUGUCACCGGAUUUGCCACCGAUGGUCAUUAUCAAGAAUCACUGGUUUAGUUUUAAUCUCAAACUAUAAAAGCCAAGUGACAGUACCGGUAUCUGCAGCAACUUGUAGACUUUUAUCUUGGUCUAGUGCACGUGUUACAUCCCUGGCACAUCAAAGCCUCUGUGGACUGAAAAAUCAAAGAUCUUGUUCCUCAGGGGCAGACCCUGCACCACAGAAAGGUGGCCUCGGAGUUAGAGAAACCAGCCUUUUACUAAAUGCAAACUGUGGCCGUGAGAAAGCAGUGGCAUCCAGCCCAGCCAAAGAGACAUUUUUUACAGAUUUAGAUGUUAUUCCACUACCAUCUCCAUUUGAGGAGAUAUUGGACGAAGAGGCCGUGCAAAUUGGACGGGAAGUGCUUCCUCCAGCCUCCUUUACCCUGCGUGAUUAUGUCGACCAGUCUGACACUCUAAGCAAACUGGUACUGCUAGGUGUGGAUCUUUCUAAGCUGGAGCAGCGACCAAAUGUAGCCAACAUGUUACUACGGUUGGACUUUGAUAAAAAUGUGAAAGAGUGUCUGCUGUUCCUGAAAGACUUGGGGGUAGAAGAGCAUCAGUUUGGAGCCUUCCUCACCAAGAACCCUUUCAUCUUAACGGAGAGUCUGGGGAAUCUACAGAAGAGGGUAUCGUACCUGCAGUCUAAGAAAUUCAACAAAGAAGCUAUUGCAAGAAUGGUGUCAAAAGCUCCUUAUUUGCUCAACUUCAGCGUGGAAAGACUGGACAACAGGCUUGACUUCUACCAUAAAGAACUAGGUCUAAACGUGCAGAAGACUCGUGAGUUGGUCACCCGUCUCCCCUCACUGCUUACUGGUAGCCUGGAACCUGUAAGAGAAAAUCUCAAAGUUUACCGAAUUGAAUUUGGGUUCCAGGAAAAUGAACUACAACACAUGGUGAUGAAAGUGCCCAAAAUGCUUGUCGCUAGCAAGAAAAAAGUGACUGUAGUGUUUGAUUAUCUGCACAAUAUUAUGGGUAUCCCUCACCUACUAGUAACAAAAUUCCCUCAGGUUUUCAAUGCAAAGCUUCUGAGAAUAAAAGAGAGACAUCUGUUUCUUGAACACCUGGGACGUGCCCAAUACGACCCAGUUCAGCCAAACUACAUUUCCCUUGAUAAGCUGGUAGCAACCCCUGAUGAGGUGUUCUGUGUUGAGAUUGCAAAAGCCACACUGCCAGACUUUGAAGCAUUUCAAAAGACGCUUUAAAAACAAAGCUUGUUUCAAUGUUUGUUGAUGUAGAUAAGCUAUAAAAAGUAGUUAAUUACAAAUACAUUUUAUUUUUUUUACACGCA